UCGCGUGAUGCCUCCUCUGACACCGUUUCCUUGGGAAUACAUCGGGAUAUCUCACAUUUGCCGAUUGACCACAUAAACCUUGUGUGAUUGAACCCGAUAGCGUCUUUCUGCUUUGCUUUUUAUGAACUAUCCGAUUACGACAGCUCAGUCACGUAACUUAAUUGACCCCAGACAGCGACCAUAGCUCCGUUACGCAAUGAACGCGACAGUGACAGAGUGACUUCUCGCAGCUAAAACAAGCUAGCCUAGCAAGCUAAGUUAGCGCAGGAGCUAAGUUAGACAACUUCGGGUCUGUCCGCUGAGAAGAGCUCGACCGAAGUGGACUGUGUCGGCGUUUUCAGCAGCUCGGAUAUCUCUUAGCUUCUUUUUGAAUAGUCUGUAACGUUUCCUCAAAUGGCUUUGGUAACGGCGCUACGAAGACUGGCUCACGUAAGGUUACGAGAAUAUUCGUGGAGGACGGCGGCAGUAACUUCCACUGCCUGGCUGACUGGUCAGAGGAGUUUCACCACCGGCACACAGCCUCUGAGAGCAGACAACAAGGUGACGGUCCACUUCAUCAACAGAGAUGGGGAGAAGAUCACAGUGAAGGGGUCGCCUGGAGACUCACUGCUAGAUCUUGUCAUCAAUGAAGACCUCGACUUUGAUGGCUUUGGGGCGUGUGAGGGAACCCUGGCGUGCUCCACAUGCCAUCUGAUCUUUGACGAGGAUGUCUACAAGACUCUGGGGCCCAUCACAGAUGAGGAGAUGGACAUGCUAGACUUAGCCUAUGGCUUGACUGACACAUCUCGACUGGGUUGCCAGAUCUGCCUGACAAAGUCUCUGGAGGGCAUGGUGGCCAGGGUUCCAGAGAGUGUAGCAGACAUCCGACAGAGCAAAGACGGAUCAUCUUAACCUGCGGCGGGGAAACGUGAAUGUCCACAGUGUGGUUGUGCCUGGUCAGAACUGAGGGUAUGUGCACAGGGACGAUGGUGGGUGAAAAUCUGUCAGCACUGCUGCAUCCACUGGACUGCCUACUCUUCUCUCCUUCUUUAAAGAAAAACAAAUGUCCAAGUCACAGCUCUCAAUAACCAGGAUGUAAGAAUACAAUAUUUGACUUUUUAAAUAAAGAGAAAAUAAUUUUUUUAUAGACGUAAACUACACUCGGCAAGCUUUAGUAAAACUGUAAACUCUGUUACCGUUAAAGAAUCUUGCCACCCUUGUAGUAUUACGACAUAAAGUAUAAUCUCAGAUAAACCUACUAUAUAUCUUAUAAACUCCUUAUCCAUCCUGAUUUGGAUUUUUUUGAAACGUGUGAGUCGCACAGGCUGACACAUGAACAUCAGUUUGCAGUGGCUCAGUCAUUUAUUAACCUCAAACUCCAUCAUGCUGCUAAACACCUCUAGUUUGUGGCUGUGCCUUCAAUUAUCUAAUUACGUACCAUAUGCUUUUCUUGUAAAAAUAUAACUGACUUUACACUGACACUUGUUUAAAAACUAGAUCCUCUCUUUGUGUGUAAAUUCAGUCAUAUUCACUCAACAAGAUGACGGUAGCCCGCUGACUGCAGCCAGUGACUGAAAUGUCUGUGAACCAAUACAACUAACAGUUCUCGACGCCUUAGAGAUUGUGCUGAUGUCGACACCCCUCCCCCUCUUAUUUUAUUCUACACAUGUAUACCCCUACUAUUGUUGAUCAGAUCCUUCAUGUAACCAUAUAAUUCCAUCAUGUGAUUGUACAUAGCUAGAGCACAAACCUACAUCCAUGUAUAGAGUGAAAAAUAAUGUAAUAAAAAAAAAAUCACCUUUCUAA